AUGACAACAAUACCAUCAUUUAAAGAUUUAGUUGAUGAACCUUUGAUGGAUCAUUUGACAUCAAAGGAUUAUAAAGAUGUAUACGAACCAGCACAAGACUCUUAUUUAUUUAUCAAUGCUCUUAAAAAGGACCUAGACGAUUUGAAACUAUUAAAUCCUUCAUUUGUUAUAGAGAUUGGAUCAGGAAGUGGAUUUGUAAUUAGUUAUCUUGCAAAGAUAUUAGAGAAUAAUGGGUAUUUUAUGAGUACAGAUAUCAACCCAAUUGCAGCAAGAGUAUCUUCUAGAACUGCAACACACAACAAUGUUAGUUUAGAUGUUAUCAAUACCUCUUUUCUAACGGGUAUCGAGAGAGUUAAAGGAAAGGUUGAUGUGUUACUCUUUAAUCCUCCCUACGUACCAACGGAAUCAGAAGAGAUUGAAGAUGGUGGUAUUGCAGCAUCAUGGGCUGGAGGUAUCGACGGUAGAGAGGUGAUUGACAAGUUACUACCACAAAUCGAUUCGAUUCUUUCACCAAAGGGUGUAUUCUAUAUGGUACUUGUCGAGGAGAAUCAUCCCAAACAAGUUGCUGCUAUUCUUGCAAAUAUUGGAGAACUACAUCUUAGUAGUGUGUGUACACACACCAACGCGCGUUGGAUCAAGUUUGCUCCAAUCAAAGUGUUCUUCUCAUCGACCAUCACGGUUCCAAGUGUUAGAGAUGGUGGAUUUGCUUCCCACAAAUGCUCAACCAAAAAAAAAAAGGUACAACUUCAUACUCAUGAUGAAAAGAAAGGAAGAAGAAGAAUCAAUGAACAAUGCAUUGUAUUGUCAAUCAACAACAAUAAACAUAACGACCCAUCAUCAAUGAUGAUGAACAUAAAACAACAACAAGAAUUCUUUUUUGGAGUGGUUAAAUCAAUACCAAGAUUUGUCGGUGAUCAAUUGGAUAGAUUAACAUUGACAGACAAGUUGGGUAUUGGGUCAGCCGCUGUGGGAUGGACAUUAUAUUCGGCAUCAAGAUCAUUGCAUCGAGAAGAAGAGUUACAAUAUUCUUAUGAUGACUUGGCAGAAGAGUUUAAUCAAAUGUUACUAAAACUAUCAGAGGCGUGUGAUAAUUUCGAGAUGGAGAUGGUCUUGCAGCAACAUACUAAAUUUAGUCAAUACUUUUCAUGGCUAGCAGGUGUGAUGAAAGAUAACUCAGAGUUGUGCCUCAAACUAGACGAAGUUUUUGAAACCCUUUACCGUACCACAAUCUUACUAUUUACUUGUAUUUUUCAAGAUUUGUAUAUAAUGUACCAAGAAAGUCCCCAAGAUGCUAAAGAAAUCAGAUCAUUCUAUUUAUUAAAAGGAAUAGAAUCACAACUUAUGAAUGAUUUGUUUUCAAUUAUGAUAUAUAUUAUGGAAAUUGAUGAUGAAUUAGGGGUGAAGACAUUGGAAGAUGUUUCAAACUUUGCUUCCUCGUCAGGAUUUGAUCACCAUUCUUUUAUAUUUGGUCGUGCAAUUGCCAAGAGUGUAGUGCGAAACCCUCAACGUCAAUAUAGUCAGAGUUGUUUGGAAAUGAUGUUUACACUUUUGUUUCCAAUGGUCAGAGACAAUGCUUCUACGGUUGAUAUCGAUUUGGCGGUUAGAAUAAUAUCAAGACAGGUCAUAAAAAUGGGACUGACUUCAGAUAAUGUGGAAGGGCUUUCUGGAUUCCAUAUAUCACAUAUCAUUCCAACAAGUUGGUAUAUUCAUUAUGAAAAAGUAAUAUAUGGUGCAUUGACUACAUCGUUCACUUGGUACAUGGGUUGGAUGACACCUAUUCAUGGUCUUUCUUCUAUCGUUUUCUUUGAUUUGCUUAGAGGUAGUUAUGUUUUCAGUAAAGGACAAAGUAGAAUUGGAAAGUUUUUAAAGAGUAUGUCUCCUCUUGUCCCAUUCAUCCCAUUGUAUAUAUCGACCAAAAGCAAUUGGAAAUCACUUGUUGCUACCAUGUCUGUUGUAUGUGGUUCAUGGUUGGUACAACCCUAUUCCAACAAACGACAUGAACGUAGAUAUCUAAAUAGUUUCUCCCAUUACUAUGACAUAGAUAUUACCAAUGUGGAUUCAAGAUUGUCUAUUAACUUGGCUUCGAUCCAAUCAGUUUUAGAAAAUAAACUAAUGAAUAAAUAA